UAUUCUCUCUCAACCAUAUCUUGGUCAACUUCAACGACGCCAUCUGCGACCACACCUACUUCCGUCUCCUCACCUCAUAUUUCCUUCCAUCCAUCUAAUUCCGACUACUCCAUGCAACAAUCUCUUCCUACCUAUCAAUUGUAUCAGCCAAUAAUGCCUAUUCCCCAAAUGUCAUCUCGUAGAAACGGUGUUAAUACACAGAUAUUUCCGGGUGGAAUGGGAGAAUUUGUAAAUAUGACAUCAAGAAUGGUACAUCAACAAGGAUUGUAUCUGACACAAGGUAUGGCACAGAGUGGGGUUAUUGACAUUGAUAAAAGACCGCCAAAGUCAACAGAGUUGUUUGAUCCUAAUGGAAAUGGGCGGAGUAUUUCGAAUACAGGAUCUGUUUCUCUAUCGACUACUACAAGCCAAAGCCCAGUCGUCUCACCUGGGAAUUUAGCAAAUGUACUCGAUGGAAGUAUGAUGCGUUCACUAAGCCUGACGUCAUCAUCAGUAGGGCCUCAAGGGAGAAAGGAGUUUGGACAGAUGCAUAACCGGUCGGUUUCGGCCUCGCCAGGUAGUGUUGGGAAGAAGAAGGAGCAAUCAGGACUGUUGUUUGAUUAUUCGGCACAAGCACCCUAUGAGGGUGUUAAGCCUAGUGACGCCAACAAACCACCGCAACCAGGUCACAUAUUAGAACUGUACGAUUUUGCUGAAAGUGACUCACUUGAAGACGUCAAUUUCUCAAAUGCAACCAUGAAACGCAUUCCUCCUGCGGGGUCGACAUCUAAGAGACCCACGAUUUUGGUGAUAUUUAAGACUUCUCGCGAGGCUAGCGAAGUCUUGCAAAGUAGACAUGGAGAGAGGUUCAAAAUUAAGAUGUGGGCACCGUUGCCCAAGAGCUCUGUUGGAAGUGGAAUAAAUACGAGUGCUGGUGGAACAAGUGGAAAUGGGGAAUAG